GCAGCGCGGGGUCCGGACGUCUCGGGCCCAGGCCGGGCGGGCGCGGGGAGAUGCGGCGCCUGCUGCCCGCCUCGGCGCGCUCCUCGUCCGGCUCCCUCGGCCCCCGGCGGCGGCCGGCCCCGAGCCCCGCGCCCCAGUAGCGGCGGACGCGGCGCGCGGCGAGCGAUAAUAUGCACGUCUCACUAGCUGAGGCCCUGGAGGUGCGGGGUGGACCACUGCAGGAGGAGGAAAUAUGGGCUGUUCUGAAUCAGAGCGCCGAAAGUCUCCAAGAACUAUUCAGGAAAGUCAGCAUAGCUGAUCCCGCCGCCCUGGGCUUCAUCAUCUCCCCCUGGUCCCUGCUGCUGCUGCCGUCUGGCAGUGUGUCGUUCACCGAUGAGAACAUCGCGGGUCAGGAUCUGCGCGCCUUCACCGCACCCGAGGUUCUGCAGAAUCAGUCACUGACUUCCCUCUCGGACGUUGAGAAGAUCCACAUUUAUUCUCUUGGAAUGACAUUAUAUUGGGGGGCUGACCAUGAAGUCCCUCAGAGCCAACCUAUCAAGCUUGGAGACCACCUCAACAGUAUCCUCCUUGGGAUGUGUGAGGACGUCAUUUACGCACGCGUGUCCGUUCGGACAGUCCUGGAUGCGUGCAGUGCCCACAUCAGGAACAGCAACUGUGCGCCUUCGUUCUCCUACGUGAAGCAGUUGGUCAAGCUCGUUCUGGGAAAUCUCUCUGGGAUGGAUCAACUAUCCCAUAACAGUGAGCAGAAGCCUGAUCGAAGCCAGGCUAUUCGAGACCGAUUGAGAGGAAAAGGUUUGCCAACAGGAAGAAGCUCUACUUCUGACGUACUAGACACACACAAGUCUCCAUUCUCUCAGCAGACCUUUCUAAACAAAGGGCUUAGUAAAUCUAUGGGAUUUCUGUCCAUCAGAGACACACAAGAUGAGGAAGAUUAUUUCAAGGACAUUUUAUCAGAUAAUUCAGGACAUGAAGAUUUUGAAAACACUUGCUCCCCUUACCAGUUCAAAGCUAGUAGCCCAGAAAAGAAAGUUAUCCCUGGCAUUGAUGUGCUCCCCAAAAAGAAGAUUUGGGCUUCAUCCAUGGACUUGCUUUGCACAGCUGACAGAGAGGUGUCUUCUGGAGGGACCAACAGAUACGGACACCAUCUCCCUGAGGCAGUCACGGUGAGGACCUCCGUUUCUCCUCGAAGAAAAGAGGCCAGAUACUCCGACGGCAGCUUGGCCUUGGAUGUCUUUAGCCCUCAGAGAGCAGAGCAAACGCUUCACACGCGGGAGCCGCCCACCUCCUCAGCAAUAUCAAGUGCUCUGGACCGAAUCCGUGAGAGGCAAAAGAAACUUCAGGCUCUGAGAGAAGCCAUGAAUGUAGAAGAACCAAUGCGAAGAUACAAAGCUUACCACAGCGAUAUUUUUAGUACCUCCAGUGAAAGUCCAUCUAUUAUUUCCUCUGAAUCUGACUUCCGACAAGUAAGAAAAAGUGAAGUUGCAAAGAGAUUUGAAUCCAGCGCUGGUGUCCCAGGGAUAGAUGAAGCCUCAAGUCAAGGCCAGUCCCAGAGACCCAGCAGACAGUAUGAAACACCCCUUGAAGGCAACUUAAUUAAUCAAGAGAUCAUGCUAAAACGACAAGAAGAGGAAAUGAUGCAGCUGCAAGCUAGACUCGCCCUUCGGCAGUCUAGGCUGAGCCUCUAUCCGGGAGACACCAUCAAAGCUUCCAUGCUGGACAUCUCCAGGGACCCCCUCCGAGAAAUGGCGCUCGAAACGGCCAUGACCCAAAGAAAACUCAGGAACUUCUUUGGCCCUGAGUUUGUGAAGAUGACAGUUGAACCAUUUAUAUCUUUGGAUUUGCCACAAUCCAUCCUUAACAAGAAGGGGAAGAAUGAAGACAACCGAAGAAAAGUAAACAUCAUGCUGUUGAGUGGGCAGAGACUGGAACUAACCUGUGAUACCAAAACCAUCUGCAAAGAUGUGUUUGAUAUGGUUGUGGCCCAUAUCGGCUUGGUGGAGCACCAUUUGUUUGCUUUGGCCACGCUCAAAGAUAAUGAGUAUUUCUUUGUGGAGCCUGAUUUAAAAUUAACCAAAGUGGCCCCAGAGGGAUGGAAAGAAGAACCAAAGAAGAAAAGCAAAAACGCUAUUCAUUUCACUUUGUUUUUCCGAAUUAAAUUUUUCAUGGAUGACGUUAGUUUGAUACAACACACCCUGACUUGCCAUCAGUACUACCUGCAGCUACGCAGGGACGUCUUGGAGGAGCGGGUGCACUGUGACGACGAGGCUUCCUUACUGCUGGCCUCCUUGGCCCUCCAGGCUGAGUACGGAGAUUAUCAACCAGAGGUUCAUGGUGUGUCCUAUUUUAGACUGGAGCAUUAUUUACCUCCCAGAGUGAUGGAGAAACUUGAUUUAUCCUAUAUUAAAGAAGAGUUACCCAAGCUGCAUAAUACCUAUGUAGGAGCUUCUGAAAGAGAGACAGAGUUGGAGUUUUUAAAGGUCUGCCAAAGACUCACAGAGUACGGAGUUCAUUUUCACCGGGUGCACCCUGAAAAAAAAUCGCAAACUGGAAUAUUGCUCGGGGUCUGCUCCAAAGGCGUCCUAGUGUUUGAGGUUCACAAUGGAGUUCGCACGUUGGUCCUUCGCUUUCCGUGGAGGGAAACCAAGAAGAUUUCUUUUUCCAAGAAGAAAAUCACAUUGCAGAAUACGUCCGACGGGAUAAAACACGCCUUCCAGACGGACAACAGAAAGGUGUGCCAGUACCUGCUCCAGCUCUGCUCUGCCCAGCACAAGUUCCAGCUGCAGAUGCGGGCCAGGCAAAGCAACCAGGACACGCAGGACAUUGAGAGAGCCUCGUUUAGGAGCCUGAACCUGCAAGCAGAGUCCGUUAGAGGAUUCAGUGUGGGCCGAGCCAUCAGCACGGGCAGCCUGGCCAGCGGCACCCUGAGCAAACUGGCCGUCCGACCUCUGUCCGUGCAAGCCGAGAUUCUGAGGAGGUUGUCCUGCUCCGAGCUGUCGCUCUACCAGCCGUGGCCAAGCAGUGCAAAGGAGAAGAGCGACAGAGCUUCCUGGGAGGACAAGCCUAGAGGGAUGAGCAAGUCGUACCACGACCUCAGUCAGGCCUCUCUGGGUGCGCCUCGGAAGCAUAUCACGGUCCUUAACGCGGAGGCCCCGCCACAGAGCACGGCGGAGCUGGCAGGAAAACCCUCGCACCCCAAGGCGAGAUCUGACGCAGGAUCUGUGGCGGGAGCCACAAGACUCAAUAAUUCAAAGUCUGUGGCAAGUUUAAAUAGAAGUCCUGAAAAGAGGAAGCAGGAAUCAGACUCGUCCUUGGAAGACCCCGGCCAAGCCUUUGUCGUAGGAAUGCCUUUGCAUAGUUCUGGAAAUUCUUCAUCCCAAGUACCCUUAAAAGAAAAUGCGGAUGUGCUACACAAAAGAUGGAGUGUAGUCUCCUCGCCAGAAAGGGAGAUCACGCUGGUGAAACUGAAGAAAGAUGCCAAGUGUGGCUUGGGAUUUCAAAUUAUUGGUGGAGAGAAGAUGGGAAGACUGGACUUAGGGGUGUUUAUUAGUUCAGUUACCCCUGGAGGGCCAGCUGAUUUGGAUGGACGCUUAAAGCCAGGGGACCGUUUGAUAUCUGUGGACAGUGUGAGUCUGGAGGGCGUCACUCACCACGCCGCAGUUGAAAUUUUGCAAAACGCACCUGAAGAUGUGACUCUUGUUAUUUCUCAGCCAAAAGAAAAGCUAUCCAAAGUGCCUUCUACUCCCGUGCACACUGCCAACGGCAUGAGAAGCUACCUGAAGAAAGCCUCCUGCCUGCAGGACGGCGCCCCCUGUCCCCCCGAGGGCCACCGCUGGCCGUGCAGCACGCCGAGGCAUGUCUCCGAGAACUCGUGUGGACUCCCCGGGGCCCUGCGGAAGGGCAGCCUGAGUUCUCAGGACUCUCGGACCGAGAGCGCCAGCCUGUCCCAGAGUCACUUCAACGGUUUCCUUGCCGGCCACGCCGGGGACCGCAGCUGGCAGGAAUCCAAGCACAGCAGCCCCUCGUCGUCGGUGAGAUCCAGAGCCGCGGAGAACAGGAGGGCUUCUCUGGAGGGCAGCCGAAGCCACGUUCCUAAAACGGGCGUCCCCGAUGGCACCGAUGGCUCCGAUCGCGGAGACUCAGACACGGAUGAGGCCACGUUUUCCACCAGUCUGGAUCUGCAAACACCACAAAAGGAAUCUUCCUCCUCAAUGAAUACAUCCAACAAAAUGAAUUUUAAAACUUUUCCUUCAUCACCUCCUAAGCCUGGAGAUACCUUUGAGGUUGAGCUGGCUAAAAAUGAUAACAGCUUGGGAAUAAGUGUCACGGGCGGUGUGAAUACCAGUGUCAGACAUGGUGGCAUUUAUGUGAAAGCUCUUAUCCCCAAGGGAGCAGCAGAAUGUGAUGGGAGAAUUCACAAAGGUGACCGCGUCCUGGCCGUCAAUGGAGUGAGCCUGGAAGGCGCCACGCAUAAGCAGGCUGUGGAGACUCUGAGAAAUACAGGGCAGGUGGUUCAUCUGUUGUUAGAAAAGGGGCAGUUUUUAUCACCCAAAGACCAUGUCCCAGCCAGCGCACAGCCAGAUCAGGACCCCCAAGGCCAUACCCUAGAAAAAAUGAAGAAAAUGACUCCUCUUAAGGACUACAGUUUUGUCACUGAAGAGAAUACAUUUGAGGUAAAGUUAUAUAAAAAUAGCUCAGGACUUGGAUUCAGUUUUUCUCGAGAAGAUAAUCUUACAACUGAGCAAAUGAAUACCAGCAUAGUACGGGUUAAAAAGCUCUUCGCUGGACAGCCAGCAGCAGAGAGCAGAAGAAUUGAUGUAGGAGAUGUUAUCUUGAAAGUGAAUGGCGCCUCUCUGAAAGGACUCUCCCAGCAGGAAGUGAUAUCUGCUCUCAGAGGAACAUCUCCGGAAGUAUCUCUGCUUCUCUGUCGACCUCCACCUGGUGUGCUUCCGGAAAUUGACACUUUGUUGACCCCGCUCCACUCUCCAGCACAAGUCCUUCUAAACAACAGUAAAGAGCCUUCUCGGCCGGCCUGUGUGGAACAAGGCGCUCCUAGCUCAGACGAAAACGAAUUGUCUGAGAAAAGCCAGAAACGGUGUGUGUCCCCAUCCAGAAGAGACAGUUACAGCGACAGCAGCGCAAGUGGCGAAGAAGACGUCGUGAAAUCCCCAGCGGAGAAGCCAGAUAGGAGCUGGAGCGUGGCUUCGAGUAAGACCUCGGGCAGUGGCCGCUCCCAGCAUGUGCCGUGCAAGAACCAAGAAGAGAACAUUUGCACCAUGUUUUACUGUCCUCAGAAAACACCCAGCCACACCGAAUUCGAGGACAGUGCCCGUCCUUCCUCUCUGCUGCGGGACGUGAGUCCUGGGCAGAGCUGUCAGCCCCACACAGAGUCGGACGUCUCUCACCCCGCGGCCCAAUAUCACAUGCCUAAUGCCUCUGAACCCACGAGGCAAGGAAGCUUGACGUCUUCAAAGACUGACUUGGGAAAUCCCCUUGAAGAUUUUGAGCUGGAAGUAGAACUCCUCAUUACCCUAAAUAAAUCAGAGAAAGGGAGCCUGGGCUUCACAGUCACCAAAGGCAAUCAGAGUAUUGGUUGCUACGUUCACGAUGUCAUUCAAGACCCAGCCAAGAGUGAUGGCAGACUCAAACCUGGAGACCGCCUGAUAAAGGUCAACGACACGGAUGUCACCAACAUGACUCACACCGAUGCAGUGAACCUGCUGCGCGCUGCGCCCAAAAGGGUGCGCCUCGUCCUCGGGCGAGUCCUGGAAGUGCCCCGGCAGCCCGUGCUGCCCACCCUGCUGCCCGACAUCACUCUGACGUGUGGCAGCGAGGGGCCGGGUUUCUCCUUGUCCGGAGGCCACGACAGCCUGCAGAAGGUGGUGUACGUCAGCGAUAUCGACCCCCGGUGCGCCGCAGCCCUGGAGGGUGACGUCCAGCUGCUGGACAUCAUCCACUACGUGAACGGCCUGAGCACACAAGGCAUGACCUGGCAGGAGGCACAGAGAGCCCUGGACGCCGGCCUCCCCUCCGUGGUGCUGAAAGCCACCAGAGAUGGCCAUCCAGUGGUGCCCAGUUCGACGAGGACUGCUGGUCCAGCUCCUCACCUGCCCAUAGCCAACGGUGAAGCUCAUCAUGCUGCAAAGUCGAAUAGCAAGCCCGCCGUCACGCUGAGUCAUUCGUUCUCCAAGGUCAAUGGGGAAGAGAAAAGUGAAGCUGUGUGUCCCCAAGAGAAAAGCUCCAGUCCACAGACGGGCUCAGCAAGCUGGAUUCGCUCCAACGAGUCUGAUAUGCAAGAUGACGACAUAUACGAUGAUCCCCAAGAAGCUGAAGUGAUCCAGUCUCUGCUCGAUGUCGUAGAUGAGGAAGCCCAGAAUCUCUUAAAUCAGAAUAACGCAGCAAGACAGGCCUCUGAUGCAGGUGCAUUGACGACCAACAGGAAGUUAUCUGAAGAGAAAGCAGAGGGUUCUAACUGUGACAGCUCACCUAUGCCUGGGGAUCUUACAGAGUCGACCAAAAUUAAUGGCUGUGAAGAACAUAGUGAAGAAAAAGUGGUUUCACAGAGUGAAAGCUUAAUUCAGAAGUCAGACGAAAAGAAGAUCAAUGGCGAUAAGAUAUCUUGGGAUGAUGAACUGCCAGUAAACACCGCGAACCACCAAGAUUCUGAUAAAGAUCACCCCUUCCUUACGGAGGAGGAGCUUGCGGCGCUCCCUGUCGUCAGAGUGCUUCCCGCUGGCAAAUACACUGGCCCACAUCUGAAGUCAGCCAUCCGCACGCUGCGAGGUCUGCUGGAACAAGGGAUCCCGUCUAAGGAGCUAGAGAACCUUCAAGAAUUAAAACCUUUGGAUCAGUGUCUCAUUGGACAGAUGAAGGAAAAUAGAAGGAAGAACAGAUAUAAAAAUAUACUUCCCUACGAUGCUACGAGAGUUCCCCUGGGCGAUGACGGCGGCUACAUCAACGCCAGCUUCAUCAGGAUCCCCGUGGGGAAGGAAGAGCUGGUGUAUAUCGCCUGCCAGGGGCCUCUGCCCACCACUGUGGGAGAUUUCUGGCAGAUGAUUUGGGAGCAGAACUCCACGGUGAUAGCCAUGAUGACCCAGGAAGUCGAAGGGGAGAAAGUCAAAUGCCAGCGCUAUUGGCCUGACGUCCUGGGCAAAACCACAGUGGUCAGCGACAGGCUCCGGCUGGCUCUGGUGAGGGUCCAGCAGCUGAAGGGCUUCGUCGUAAGGGCGAUGACGCUGGAGGACAUUCAGACAGGAGAGAUGCGGCGGAUUUCCCAUCUGAAUUUCACGGCGUGGCCGGACCACGACACGCCCUCGCAGCCCGAUGACCUGCUGACCUUCAUCUCCUACAUGAGGCACGUCCACAGGGCAGGCCCGGUCAUCGCCCACUGCAGCGCCGGCAUCGGCCGCUCGGGGACCCUCAUCUGCAUCGACGUGGUCCUGGAUCUCAUCAGCCAGGAUCUCGAGUUCGACAUCUCGGAUCUCGUGCGCUGCAUGCGGCUCCAGAGGCACGGGAUGGUUCAGACAGAGGAUCAGUAUAUUUUCUGCUACCAAGUCAUCCUUUACGUUCUGACACGUCUUCAGUCUGAAGAAGAGCAGAGAGAGCAUCCGCUGCCCCUGAAAUGACGUAGAGCAGACGUCCUCCUGGACCGCUCACCCCUCCCCGCCCCCGCAGACACCCCUGCUCUCUCUCCCAGAGAAAGGCCCAGGGCAGAGAUGCAGAGACCACCGCGACCGCCAUGCUCCGCUGCCCGGAGGGGCCUCUUCAGAGCAAUAAGGAAUGUUGGAAGGCUGAAUUUUUACAGCUAUUUUUAACCAAUGAUAAUUUUUUUUAAUGUAACACUAAAUAAUGCGAUAUUAAGGGUGGUUUAGACAACGUUUGAUUAUCACAGACAUUAUUAUACAGACACAGUGCAUAUAUUUUUUAAUGUACCAAUCCUGUUUAUAGCAAAAUUCUUUUCCAGUAUUUUAAUGGAAUUCUUUUCUAGGGUAUACUUGAAACCAGUAUUGAAGCUUUAAAUGACAAUAAUACUGGCAUAGAAAAAAGUAGCGGAUGUUUACUGUGUGCUAAUGUUUACUAUCUAGAAUUUCCUGUAAUAUAUUUGUAUACUUUUUCAUGACCGUGGAGCUCUGCGACAGACACGUAACCGCAUCCUCUUUCUGCCAUGUACCAUAACCCUUUGUAAAUAAAAGUACACCGAACCCUGCGCGAAGCUCGGUGUGAGCAAACAGACACGGUCAGCGUUUUCUGUGA